AAACAUACCUUGUCAUGGUUUUGUUGUAGAUAAUUUGUUAGUUUUGUGAUCAAGCUUGAUAUUUCUAAUUUUCUGAAUUCUAACCGUGCCAGAAAUUAAGCACUCAAAGGGCAUGAGCUAUUAUACAAAAGUUCUACGAUAAUAAUGCAAACAUGGUAUUGCCCAUAAGGAUGUAUUGUAAGCUCGUUUCUAGCUGUACUGGCAAGAUUCUUAGGAAUGGUGUGAGCUGGACCAAACCUGAAGUUAUUUUGUCACAAUGUAAUAAGCGGACAUAUACGACAGAUACCAUUUGGGAGGAAAUGGGCGUUGCUGAAACUCCUAAGCUGCAAGGGAACUACAGAAAAGGACAGCAUUUUAUUCACAAAGUGCUUGGAUACAGAGGAGUAGUGAUACGUUCCUUUACACCUGAAGUCUUUGAGAGCAGCGUAUUAAACAGCACCCUGGACAGCUGUAGAGAAACUAUCCAUGCAGGCUCAACAGUGACUGGCAAACCACAUAAAUAUUACCUUGCCUUAGUGGACAGAUGUGACCUGGAUCUUGCUGAUUUUGGUUCUUUAUUCACUGGAAGCAAGAUUUUACAGCUUGAAGGACUUGACUAUGUUAGCCAUGAUGAAAUCUUCCCCUACAAAGAUACUAAUGUAAAAAAUCCAGUGGAACAUGUAAACUUGCAGGAUUUAUUGAGUUUUGAUUUAGAAUCAGUUCAGCCACACCACUUAUUCAAACCUGAAGAACUGAUUGCAAAAGAGAGGAAAAGACUAAAGCUGCACUUAGUAUACAGAGAAUCAGCACAAAAUAUCAAAAUGUCAUUUAUGCCAGUGUAUUUAGGAGAAAUCAAUGAAAAGUUAAAAUGCGAAAAUGUGUGGAGGCUAAUUAUAAGGAUAGAGAAUUUAGGUGAAGAAGAGCUACUUAUAGAAAAACAGGACUAUAGAGUUUCAUUUGUUGGGCCAGAUUCACCACUCCAAGUCAGAAGGGUGCUAUUUGACAAAGUGUUUUACCACAAUAGUCAUAUUAAACCUUGGCUUACAAAGGAAAGGCCUGCGAUCCAGUUUAACAAUACAAUUAUUGACUCCAAUUCAUCAGGUGAAAUUUGGGGAACCAUCACAUUCAAAAGUGAUAAAGGAAGCAUAUUAGACUUCAAAGUACCAAAAAUUUCCAUGGAAUCCAGAUAGGGGCACUUUACAUUGUA